UUCAUAUUCCUUUCAGCCAGUUUGAAUGACCGAAGGAAUAGCAGUGGUGGUUGAUUGAUAAAGUUGUUUUGCAGAACGAAAUAUGUAUCAGCAAAAUUACGGAUCAAACCGAUCACCUCCCCCACUUCAACAUCCAAAACCGACUCAUCCACCUUUUCAAGUUCCCGAUCCACCAAUCACCCCAAAUCCAACAAACGCAGAAGCAACACCUUCCGAUCCACAUAUGACUUCUGCACGUUCAAGGGGCGGCGCUGGUCCUUCUGGUUUAGGGCAAAGUGCCGGAGGAUCAACAAUGACGGGCGAAGGAGGUUAUGCUCGAUUUUCAUCGCCGCCCAUCAAUGCAAAUAAUGCAGGCUCAGGGCAUGUAGACGCAAGUGGCUUUCAAUCAUUCGGUGGUAAUCCUUAUGGAACGCCAACUGGUCAGAUGGGCGGACCUCAUCAAAAUGCAGGUGGGAAUGGUGGAUAUGGUGGGUUUCCUAACUUUGGCGGCUUUCAAGGCGGCGGCGGUGGUGGCGGACAAUUGUUCAAUGAUCAUACAGCACAGAUGGGUAUGCAUAUCGGAAGGCAAUUCGCACAAGCAGGUGGAGAGUAUGUCGAAAAGAAUUUCAACAGGUAUCUUCCAGUGCCAGUAUUGAAACAUUAUUUCAAUGUGUCAAACUCUUAUGUCCUGCACAAGAUGCGAUUGGUCCUGUUCCCAUGGAGACACAAACCUUGGAGCCGAGCUCACAGGCACGGCAACGGACAAUCUGCUGGAGGUGUCACCCCUGGAGGAGCAUCGAGCGUUGAGCCAAGCACGUAUCCCGGUAUGACUGCCGAGGCAGAUGGCGUCAACGGUGUUGGCAAAUUAUCUGAUGGGUAUGCUCCGCCAAGAGAAGAUGUCAACUCGCCCGAUCUGUACAUUCCUGCAAUGGCCGUUGUCACUUACGUUUUGUUGGUUGCUGUCAUUCGAGGAUUGCAGUCUAGAUUCCAUCCUGAGGCCUUGGGUGUCAGUCUCUCGAAAGCUUUAGGUGUCAUUGUUUUCGAAUUUGUGUUGGUCAAAUUGGGAUGUUAUUUGCUCAACAUUCAAGGCGAUCACACGAUCGUUGAUCUUUUGGCCUAUUCAGGGUACAAAUUUGUUGGUGUGAUUAUCACCUUACUUAUCGGAUUGAUGCACUUUGGUCGUUUGGCAUACUGGAGCGUAUGGGCAUACACAACAGCCGCAAAUGCUUUCUUUCUGCUGCGAUCGAUGCGUUAUGUCAUCCUGCCGGAUCCAUCUUCCCCAUCGAGUGUCACUAUCACGCAUGCACAACGAAGCAGAAGGAUUCAAUUUUUAUUCUCAAUCGCUGUUGCUCAGAGUAUAUUUGGAUGGUUAUUGAUCAUCGGAAUCUGGCAUUGAACACCUGGAUUAAACUCGAAACCUUUUAAUAAAACUACUAUACCAUGUAGAUUAAGAAACACACGCUU